CCAGUCUUCAGUAAAGCAGACCCUAUCUCCGCCACAUCAUUCACAAUGUUGUUCAAAAACCUGAUUCUCGCCUCUUCUAUGGCCCUUUCAGCCGCCGCUGGAUCCUACAACGGCACGUCUGCUGCUGCCACUAUCCAGCAGCGUUUCCAUCAGCUCGAUCUGGGCUACAAGUACACGACUACGGUUAUCGGCCACGUCGCCGCAAAGACCGAGUCUGUCACUGCCGAUGAUGUCGUCUCGAUCUACAACCAGACCGCUCACGGCGAAGACAAGAGCCUGAACAUGAAGCAACCCACCGCUGCCUUCCCCGAUGCCAUCCAGCUGGUACUCUGCGAAUCUUUCCACACGCUCGCUCUUAACGGCAUCGAACUGAACAAUGCUUUCACCGACCACGCCGACCUUUUCAACAAGAACCAGCGCAACACCCUGCAGGGGGCGUUCACCAAGGUCAACGAUGAGACCGGCAGAUUCUUCAUCCACGUCGCCAAGGUUGCUCUGCCCGAGUGUUUGGCGUCCCUCAAGGCCGACAACGCCGGCAUUUACAAGUCUUUUGAGAUGGUCAUCCGCGCGUUGGACCCUGCCGACGCUUCCUCUUAA